GCUCCCCGUCCUCGGCGCGAGCAUUCCUCCAGCCUAUUCUUAAAACUCCGGCUUCUCACUUUCUCGGCUCCUCUUCUCCCUUCUCGUCAUCUUUGCUUCCCUUCCCCCCUAUAAUAUACCCGUCGCUUUCUUUCUCCCCAUUUGCCUCUCUCCGUGCAUCGUCAUCCGGCGUGAGCGAUACCAUAGAGUUGCAGUCACAUCUCGAGCCUCGCCCUCCUCUUCUCCCUCCUCCUCUCACACAGCGUCAUCGCAAUGGCUCCCAGAGUGAUUGUCGUCGGCGGCGGCCUGUCUGGCCUGAGCGCCGCUCACACCAUCUACCUGGCCGGCGGCAACGUCGUCGUCCUCGACAAGCAGGGCUUCUUCGGUGGCAACUCGACCAAGGCCACGUCCGGCAUCAACGGUGCCCUGACACGAACGCAGGUCGAGCACGGCAUCCAGGACAGCGUCAAGCAGUUCUACGAUGACACCUUGAAGUCGGCCCGCGACAAGGCCCGCCCGGACCUCAUCAAGGUGCUCACCUACAAGUCGGCCGCCGCCGUCGAGUGGCUGCAGGACGUCUUCAACCUCGACCUCACCCUCGUCUCCCGCCUGGGCGGCCACUCGCAGCCCCGAACCCACCGCGGCCACGACGCCAAGUUCCCCGGCAUGGCCAUCACCUAUGCCCUGAUGCAGCGUCUCGAGGAGCUGGCCGAAGCCGAGCCCCACCGCGUCGAGAUCAUCAAGAAGGCCCGCGUCACCAGCCUGAACAAGGAGGGCAACCUGGUCACGGGCGUCACUUACGAGCACAACGGCCAGGAGGCCACCAUCGACGGCCCCGUCGUCCUCGCCACCGGUGGCUACGCCGCCGACUUUGGCGAGACGUCGCUGCUCAAGAAGCACCGCCCCGACACCUUCGGCCUCGCCACCACCAACGGCGUCCACGCCACCGGUGACGGCCAGAAGAUGGUCAUGGCCAUCGGCGGCAACGGCAUCGACAUGGACAAGGUCCAGGUCCACCCCACGGGUCUCGUCGACCCCAAGGACCCCGGCAACAAGUGGAAGUUCCUUGCCGCCGAGGCUCUCCGCGGCGAGGGCGGCAUCCUGCUCAACGCCGACGGCGACCGCUUCUGCGACGAGCUCGGCCACCGCGACUACGUCUCGGGCAUGAUGUGGAAGGAGAAGGACAAGGGCAAGUUCCCCAUCCGCCUCGUCCUCAACUCCAAGGCCUCCAAGGUCCUCGACUUCCACACCCGCCACUACUCGGGCCGUGGCCUGAUGAAGAAGAUGACGGGCAAGGAGCUCGCCAAGGAGAUUGGCUGCGCCCCCGACCACCUCCAGGGCACCUUCAAGACGUACAACGCCAUCGCCGACGGCAAGCAAAAGGACCCCUGGGGCAAGCGCUUCUUCCACAACUUGCCCAUCGACAUCAACGACGACUUCCACGUUGCCGUCAUGGAGCCCGUCCUGCACUUCACCAUGGGCGGCAUCGAGAUCAACGACCAGGCCCAGGUCCUCAACCAGGACAAGAAGCCCUUCGAGGGCCUCUUCGCCUGCGGUGAGCUGGCCGGUGGCGUCCACGGCGCCAACCGUCUCGGUGGCUCCUCCCUGCUGGGCUGCGUCGUCUACGGCCGCGUCGCUGGUGACACCGCCAGCAACUACCUCUUCCAAAAGGCCCUCGCCGGCGCCGGCUCCGGCUCCGGCUCCGCCGCCGCCCGCCUCGGCCAGAUCUCCCUGCACCUGGACCCCUCCGCCCCGAACCGCGUCACCGUCGAGUGGAAUGGCGCCGCCGGUUCCGGCGCGUCCGGCUCCGGCAACGGCGGCCAGCUGGUCCCGCGGCAGCCGGCGCCGGCGUCGACGUCCGCUGGCCCCAGCGACGGCGGUGCCGUCAAGGCCGCCGGCCCCAAGGCCUUCGAGGUGCCCGCCAAGGAGUACACCAUGGACGAGGUUGCCAAGCACAACAAGAAGGGCGACCUGUGGGUCGUGGUCAAGGGCGUCGUCAUGGACCUCAGCAACUGGCUGGACGAGCACCCUGGCGGCCCCAACGCCAUCAUGAACUUCAUGGGCCGCGACGCCACCGAGGAGUUUGAGAUGCUGCACGACGACGAGGUCAUCCCCAAGUACGCCCCUGAGCAGGUCAUUGGCCGCGUCAAGGGCCAGGAGGUGACGCUCGAGCUGUAAAGGAUGUAAUGUCUCUUGCCACGCUUUUAGACGGCAUACAUCUCAUACACCGACCUCCCACCUCCCAUUCUCUCAUGCAUCUCCCCGCCCUCCCCACUCCCCCCCCUUUUCUGGCCGGGGAAGCAAAAGGGGGGCCCGGACACUUGACGUGUGACGGGUUUCGCAGUCAUGGCAUAUGGCAUACUAUACACAAAAGAAUGGCCAGCACAUGCUCCGCCGCCGCGACGAAGACGACGAGGCAGCCGUGUGGUCAAGUCCCACCGCUAGCUAGCGCUGGAUACAGCAGACUUCCUGCGAGGGCUCAUUAAGCUAGCACACUGGCGUAUUUGGAAGGGUUCCUUUUUUUGCCCCCUUGCUGAUUCCAUUUAAGUUGGACAUUUGUUCUCGUUUCCCCAUCAUGUACGUACUGUAUCGAUAGCUGUUAUGCGGAGAAACGUGUAUCGACGACA